AUGCGCGGGUUUAACUCGUCGCACUUCGUUCCUCCUCCUCCUCCUUUUCCUCCUCCUCCUCCUUUUCCUCCUCCUCCUCCUUUUCCUCCUCACGAAGAAGAAGAAGAAGAAGAAGAAAAACCGCAGGUUGUUCUUCGUUCCGUGUGCCCGAACUGUCAGCACGCGACGACGAAAACGAUAUCGACGACGACGCAGAGAAGAAGACAAAGAAGAAGGGAAGAAGAAGAAGACGACGAAGACGACGAAGAAGACGGAGACAACAACGAAGGGUGUCCUCUUCAGCUCUGCGAAAAGUGCAAGUAUAUUUUCCUGACCAAAGGACACGAGGAGAACGCAGACCCAGAAGCGCCGAUCAAAAGUCUUCUUCUGUCAGAAGGAGAAAAAGAAGAAGAAUGUAAAGGGAAAAAAAUACACGCGAAUCGGAUGCUGUUUUUCGCGUGCGGGAACUGCGAGGCAAUGUUAUCUUUACCUGAACUCGUCGCCAGAGACUGCGUGGUGGAGGAGAGUAAACUGGUCGUGUGCGGGGCGUGCGAAGAGUUGACAAUUAUGGGCGGGUUUUCGAAUUCGUCGCGUUUGGCUGCGGGGGCGCACCAGCGACAGCGGCGGAUGCCGACGAUGCCAAUGAUGCAGCCGCAACCGGUGCAACCGCCACCGGCGGGGAUGGUGAUGAUGAUGAUGCCGGGGAUGAUGUUUGGUGGUGGUGGUGGUCAUUGUGCGUAUCCUAACGCGUUUGGUGGGGUUCCGUUUGGUACAGGUAUGCCCCAGCCGAGACAGCCCUACUCGCCGCCGCCGCCGCUGUCUUCUAUGUUUCCUCCUCUUUCGCAAGAGAACGAGGUGGGUUCAAACGAAGUACACCAAGGAGAGAAUGCGCCGCCGUACUUCCAGUUGUCACGAGCCGAGCAAUCUUUUCGCGACGCGACGAACCAAAACCAAAAGAGAAAGUAUUGA